AUUCAUCUGAUAUAUUUAAAUAAAUUAAAUUGAAUUGCUACAUGUAGCCUGAAGAGAAAGAAAUAACAUCAGCAAAGUUGUGAACACUCGAGUCAAAAUGUGGGCUUAACUAGCUUCCAACCUAUUGAGGCUCAAUUUGACAUAUGGAGGCUCAUAUCUAAAAUAUGGAUAGAGUCGUCUACUAAGAUUUAACCUAAGACACCUAUUUAGUGUAUUAUUAAUUCCAAGUUUCCUACCAAUUAUAAUGUAAUUUCUAUUAAAAAAAAAUCACUAUUAUCUUUUUUUUUUAAUCUUUGAAACAAUUUCCAAACGAAUAAAAAGUCUCGACCACUAUAACUUUUACAGAUACCACAAUCACAAAGAUUACAACUUCCUUUUUGGUUUCUGACCUCUCUCACAAAACCAAGAUUUGAUUACCAAAUCUAGAAACAAACCUAAACUUUCCAGUUUCAUUAAGAUUCUACUUUAACUACACAAUCAAAAACCAUACAUAACCAAAAGAAAAUAAAGUAAUAAAAUCUUCAUUAAAAAUAUCUACAAUUGAUUAAAAAACAUUAACCUCACGACCUUGUUAAAUAAUCCAUUUCCUCACACUACUCUCAUUUACCCUAUUUCUCUUAUAAACUCUUACGUUUUGAUAUCAUCUCAUCAAAAUCAGAAGCUGUAAUAAUGGGAACUCAUCGAAUUAUCAUUGGUCUCGUCGCUCUUUGUUGUUUUUGUCUACCUCAUCUCAUCGAAGCUAAACCAUUCGGAGUGUACCAACGACAAGUGUUCGUGGAUCAAUCGGGCCAUGGAAAUUUCAGGACCAUACAAAAAGCUAUUGAUUCGGUCCCAAUCAACAAUACUCAUUGGUUCUUCAUCAACGUUAAAGCCGGCCUUUACAGAGAGAAAAUAGUGAUACCGCAAAAAAAACCGUUCAUAGUAAUCGUGGGAGCUGGGAAAAGGUUAACGAGAGUAGAAUGGGACGACCAUGACUCGCUUGCACAAAGCCCUACCUUUGCUACUCUCGCUGAUAACACCGUCGUUAAAAGCAUCACUUUCGCCAAUUCCUACAACUUCCCUAGCAAAGGGAAAAUGAACAAGAACCCUAGAGUUCCGGCCGUGGCAGCGUUUAUCGGCGGUGAUAAGUCGGCUUUUUACUCGGUAGGAUUUGCUGGAAUUCAAGAUACCUUGUGGGACUCUGAUGGCCGACACUACUUCCACCGAUGCACCAUCCAAGGCGCGGUUGAUUUCAUCUUGGGGGGCGGCCAAUCUAUUUACCAGAGCUGUGUGAUACAAGUGCUAGGUGGGCAGCUAGAACCGGCCGGGACAGAGGGUUACAUAACGGCUCAAGGACGGAACAACCCCUACGACGCGAAUGGAUUCGUAUUCAUCAACUGCCUCGUUUAUGGAACCGGCAAGGCCUACUUGGGCAGAGCCUGGCGGCCUUACUCUCGAGUUAUUUUUUACAACUCGAACCUGACGGAUGUGGUUGUUCCUCGAGGAUGGUGGGAAUGGAACCAAACGGGCUACGAAAAACAGCUGAUCUUUGCAGAACAUGGAUGCUUCGGAAGUGGAUCAAAUACAGGAAAACGUGUGAAGUGGGUUAAGAAGCUGAGUGGAUCUGCCGUCCAACAAUUGACUGAUCUUAGCUUCAUUAAUCGUGGUGGAUGGCUUGAGAAUUUACCCAUCCCUGUUUAAUCGAGACCUUUGCUUCUAGUUUUUUUUUUUUUUAAAUUU